AUGAAGUUCAGCAUCCUUGCUCUCUCGGCCUUGAUGGCUUUCGCCGCUGCCGCAGACACCACCACCGCAAAUCCUUCAACUAUUACCACUACUCCCGAAGCUGAGUGCGCAAAAAGCUGCGAUGCCACAGAUAUCUGCUGCACAGCGAAGUGCUACAAGGUGCCAUGCCCCAGCGAUGAUCAGGCAAAUGACACCAACGCCUGUGUCUCUUCCUGCCCUCAAGGCACUGGCUCGCCGGCUGACGCCCAGAAGUACGCCGACUGUGAGCAGUCCUGCUACAGCUCGCACUUCUGGGGUGGCAACGGCAGUGGUACAACUGCAACCCACUCUUCCGCCACCUCCACUGGUACUGGCAACACUGCUACACAGACCAGCUCCGACUCGUCAAACUCUGAUUCCAAGUCCUCCGGUAACAAUGACAGCAAUGAUAACAACGGCAACGAUGACUCUUCCUCCUCGGGAACUGCUACUAGUUCUUCGGGCUUCUCCCAGCAGACCACCAACGCCGCCCCCAAUUUUAAGCUUGGUGCCUCUGCUGCUGGCCUCUUUGGUCUCAUUAUUGCUGCCUUUGCUCUGUGA